CUGAUCUAUAUAUAUGAUGUUAUAUCAGUGGUUGCAACACAAACAGAUGUCGAUCAAUAUGGCAGCUGCGAGUGAAAUAACUCAUUACUGUUGAUUUUUAUUGUUUUGUUUUUAGCUUUACAUUUUAAUCGUUUUGAUCAAUAUUUGUGUGUAUCUCAGCACUGUUAUUAUGCUGAUGAAAGGAGUGUGCAUGUGGUCUCUGCUCGCAGUGUGUGUGUUGUGUGUUUGUGUUGCGUACAAACCGGUGAUCGUUAUUCACGGACUCUUCGACAGCUCUGCAAACUUUUUCAACCUGCACAAAUUCAUCAACCAGUCUCAUCCAGGCACUAAUGUGUUGGUCAUCGAUCUGUUUGACCGUAGUGCCAGUCUGCAGCCGCUCUGGAAGCAGGUGGAGGGCUUCACUGAGGCCAUAUAUCCCAUCAUGCAAAAUGCAGCUGACGGCAUCCACCUCAUCUGCUACUCGCAAGGUGGCCUGGUAUGUCGAGGAAUUUUGUCCACACUUCCAGACCAUAAUGUGCACUCGUUCAUAUCUCUCUCUUCACCACAGGCAGGACAGUAUGGAGACACAGAUUAUCUGAAGUACCUGUUCCCACAGUUUGUCAAAUCCAAUCUGUAUCAUGUUUGCUACACAUCAGUGGGCCAGAGAAUCUCCAUCUGCAACUACUGGAAUGAUCCUCAUCACAGAGACAUGUACAUCAACAGCAGCAACUAUCUGGCCUUACUGAACAGUGAAAGAGCAAAUCCAAACAAAACCGUUUGGAAAGAAAAUUUCCUGCGCAUUAAAAAACUGGUGCUGAUCGGUGGCCCGGAUGAUGGAGUCAUCACACCAUGGCAGUCCAGUCAAUUUGGUUUCUAUGAUGAUAAUGAAACUGUUGUUGAGUUGAAAAACCAGAAAAUGAAUUUCAAACAUUACAAGUAAACAUGCUACUAAGAUGGACAGAAAACAUGGACAAGUUCUUGAAAAGGAAAAAUAUUGACGAUGGUUGGCCUAUGUAUGUUAGUGGUUUGCCGUAUAAUUUUUUAGCAAUAAAAAGUGUGCCGUGGCAGAAAAAAGGUGGGGAAACACUCUAUUAACAUACCCUUUAUUAUGGGUUUAUAAAAGGGUUUGUUAAUGACCAAUAAGCCAUUUACAAAUGCAUUAUAAAUCAUUGAUAUGUGGUUGAAUAUUACAUAAACAUGAAUAUCUUGUCAAAUAAUAAGCCAUUUUAACUUGCAUGUUGCUUAAUAAACACACUUAUUCAUACUUCUAUUAAUCAAAAACAUUAAAUGUGCUAAAUAAUUUAACCCUCUGUGGUCGACGGACGCGCUGGCGUCAUUACAUUGCAUUCAAUUUUGUCAUUACAUCGGAAACAACAAAAAAUUCUACGUCAUUUUGGGGCAUACAGAUAAGUGUAAGACAUCAUUGGAGACAAUAAAGUGUCUACAUUGUGUACACUCACAAUAACAACUAAAUCUUGUGCUUUUGUAAAAUAAAGAAAAUAAAAAGGGUGAGUUUUCACCAGUCUCUGUCUCCACAAGCAUAUAUCUGAAACGCGUCACAAAAAUGAACUGAAACUCCGAAUACUUACCACACAAAUAUGAAACGUAUGUCUAAAGAAAGGAUACAAAAGGAGUAAGUCCUUUAGGUUUAGUUUGUUGUCAUGCUAUUUUAUAUAAACAUGUACAUGUUUUAUUAGUGGGACUGUUUCCAGACUUGCCAGCCAGGAUUCAGAGUAUUGACAUUUGAAAAAUGUCCUAAUAAGCAAGUUUUAGUUACAUUUAAAUGCUGUUUCGGCUAAAGCAGGUAUUUAAAUUGUAUGCUGUAUGAUAUAAAUAUGAUAUGUAAUAUGAUAUAAAAAUAAUAUGAAUGUUUUGAUUAUAUUUUAACUACUGUUUAUGCUGCCUCAUUAUCAUCAACAAAGCUUGUGCGUGCAAAUGUGUUUGUGUGUAAAUGUGUCAAAUGUAAAUAUGCCCAUAUUAGAAAAUGACCAUUUUAUAAUGGUUUCUGAAGGAUCAUGUGACACUGAAGACUGCAGUAAUGAUGCUGAAAAUUCAGCUUUGAUCGCAAAUUGCAUUUUACAAUAUAUUCAAAUAGAAAACUGUUCUUCAAAAUUGUAAAAGGAGUUCACACAAUGUUUUUACUGUAUUUUGGAUCAAAUAAAUGCAGUCUUGGUGAGCAGAAGAGACUUCUUUUAAACAGUAGCGUAGGUCAAAAAUUAAGUAAAGUCUUUAUUUAAAGAAAAUGUACAGUCAGAUUACUUCUUUUAACUUGAUUUUGAUAAUUAAGUCUCCUCACAUUCAUUCUCUUUCUGUCACAUUCCUCAUUGAUAGGCCCAGGACAGGUGUCUUUUGUCUCCUCAGGUGUGAAUUACAAUCAAUAUUCAUGAUAGUUCACACCUCCUCGCAUAUGGCUACAAGAUCCAGUUCUCAAAAGUCUUGUGGACAAAUGUUUAGUAUGUGUUAUAAGGCCUUAUUUCAAUUACUUAAAAUUUUUGUUUUUUCAAAAACCACGCGUAAACGUUAUUUUUUUAAAAAUACAAACAUGUACACACAUGUUGCUCAUAUAUUAUUGUAUCCCAGUUUGUUUUGAAUACAGGUUUAUCAGACUUUAGCCAUUCAUAUGUUUUUAAGCAACUGAAAAAAGCACAAAUGUCAAGGCAUGUCAAAACCCCCUCAGACCCCAGAGGGUUAAGCAACAAUGUAGCAAAAUAGAUUAUUAUAGUGGAAUCAAAGGUGUUUCUAUUAAUUACUGUAAUGUCUUGUCUUGACUCACUUGUGUUGAUACUUUCCUUAGGUUGAUGUCAAAAUAAUGGUUUUACCUAGUCCUAGUUACCUAAAGUCCAUAUAUCUUAAAACCUGUUGACCAUUAAACAAUACUCAACUUUAUGUACACGUUUCUAAUGUUGGUAACUCCUUAAUAUAAAGUGGAAACAUAUGAAGAAGUUUAUUAAGGUACAUUUUUCUAGGUUACUAAUGCUGAAUAAGUGUUAUUAAGCAUUUGUAUAACAUGAGGUAAAAUGGCUCACAAUUUGGCAAGUAUUGCAUAAAACAGCAUGUCACUGAUUUAUAAUGCAUUUGUAAGUGGUCAAUGAACCCCUUUAUAAACCCUUAACAAUGUGAAAAUUAAUAUAAAGUGUUACUAUUUAAAAAAAAAAUGUAAUGGAUAGUUCCGGUCCUGGAUGCUGAUUGGUCAAUACAGCAUUCCAAUCAUGCUAAAAAAACAAAAAGCAUGAUUUAGUAACCGCUUAAACCGCUAUAAUGUCAAACACCUGUAGUUUUAGUAACUAUUAACCUUAGUUUAGAUGUCGGGGAUUAUAUCUAGCACAGUGGUUCUCAACCCCAUUUGGUCCCCCCAACACUUUGUGUAUCUCCCUUUUCUGACACACCCAGUUCAGUUUUAGAAAAGAAAUAAGACACUCAACAUGUUCACAAUAUAAAAAAUGUUCUCAUAAUCGCCUUAAUGUUUUCCUCAUAUUUUCCAGAUGUUUGGUAUUGAGGAUGUUUAAUGUUUUUCAGGUAUUUUUGAUGGACUCGUUUGGUCUAAAGACACUGUACACUCGAGGAGAUGUGGCUUUGUGUUCAAUGGCAGGUGUCGCACACAUCUUCUGGCACUCCAAUGAAACCGUGUACAAAAACUGCAUAGAGGAGUGGCUUACAUG